GGGUCCGCCUAAGGGCCGAGUGGCCUGGGUCCCGCAGCCUUGUCUUCUUCCCGGAGCGACUCCCGGAGUUGGCGAUUGGCGCGGUGGCGCCUCGGCGUUGCUGACCGCGCUCCCUCGUGACUCCGAUGCCCCCGCGGUGGGUGCCGGCCCCGGGAGGCCUAGGCUCGGUGUGCGGGGGGGCCGUAAAGGGGCGUGGGCGGGUCACAGCCUUCGAGGGCCCCUCCCGGGAGGGCGUGCGAGGGGCGCCCUGCAGAGAGUGCGCGGCGGAGCCGAGCAACCCCUGACCUGGAGCCGGGCUGCGGGACCGCGUGGCGAGGCUGCUACAGUGCGACGGGCAAGUGUGCGCGAAUAGUGUCCUGACGCGCGGGGUUGGGGCGGAGGAAGGGCCUCAGGAAUUGGUGCGAACGUCGGAACUGUACGGAGCCGGGUCCCAGCCAUGCCCAGCCUCAGAGUACGCCCUGAAGAGGCAGAAAUGGAGCCCUCAGUUCCUGGACCAUCUCCUUGGACCCCCAGAACACAGGCCUGUGUGAGUGAUGCUCCCGCUGUGACCCACCCUGGAUCUGCACUUCAUGGUCCCCUCUGCUGUGGUGACGCUGAGCCAGAAGCCACCCCCCCUCACCAUCAGCAGCCAGAUUGGGACCCCAGGACUGAGGGCAAGGAGUUUCUUCAGAAGGAAGAAGUUUCUGAGGAUUUGGAAUCACAGGCAGAAACAUCAGAAAACCAUGCCAGUGAUGUUUCCCAGACGCCUGAGCUUGGAGAACUCUGUGACGGUGCAUUAAAAAGAGACUGGGAGGCCCCUGAGGAUGAGAGACAGGUGCAGUCCCCCUGCUGGGAGGGGGACUUCACACCAGUGCAAGUGCUUCUCAAGAGCUCCUCAGGAGAGAAAGAGGUGGCGUCUGACAACGUCAAGAGAGGCUUCAGUCUGAGCCCGAGCCCAGCGGCACGUCAGGGAGCCCCUGCAGAAGAGAGGCCACAUCCGUACGACGUGCAUGGCCAGAGCUUCCCACGCAGCGUGGACCUAAUCAGCUGCGAGGGGCUUCACACAGCCAGAAGCCCGUUCAUAUGCAACGAGUGUGGGAACACCUUCCAAGGAGGCCCCGAUCUUAUUCAGCAUCAGACAGCGCACACUGGACAGAAGUCCUUCAUAUGUAAUGAGUGUGGAAGGCCCUUUAGCACACAUUCAGACCUCCUCAGGCACCGGCUUACCCACCGCGGAGAGAAGCCGCAUGUGUGUACUGAGUGUGGAAAGGCCUUCGGCCAGAGCUCCAGUCUUAAAAAGCACCAGAAGUCCCAUGUGAGCGAGAAGCCCUACGAAUGCAGUGAGUGCGGGAAGGCCUUCAGGAGGACCUCCAACCUCAUCCAGCAUCAAAGAAUCCACUCCGGGGAGAAGCCAUACGUGUGCAACGCCUGCGGGAAGGCCUUCAGGCGGAGCUCCAACCUUAUCAAACACCAGAGGGUCCACACAGGGGAGAAGCCCUUCGAGUGUGACGAGUGCGGGAAGGCCUUCAGCCAGAGCUCACACCUGAGGAAGCACCAGAGGGUCCACACCGGGGAGAGGCCUUACGCGUGUAGCGAGUGCGGCAAACCCUUCAGCCGGGUGUCCAACCUCAUUAAGCAUCACAGGGUCCACACGGGGGAGAAGCCCUACAAGUGCAGUGACUGCGGGAAGGCCUUCAGCCAGAGCUCCAGCCUCAUCCAGCACCGGAGAAUCCACACUGGAGAGAAGCCUCACGUGUGCGGUGUGUGUGGGAAGGCCUUCAGCUACAGCUCAGUGCUCAGAAAGCACCAGAUCAUCCACACGGGAGAGAAGCCGUAUGAGUGCAGCAUCUGCGGGAAGGCCUUCAGCCACAGCUCUGCGCUCAUCCAGCACCAGGGUGUGCACACGGGUGACAAGCCCUAUGAGUGUCGCGAGUGCGGGAAGACCUUCGGUCGCAGCUCCAACCUCAUCCUGCACCAGCGAGUUCACACUGGAGAGAAGCCCUAUGAAUGUACCGAGUGUGGGAAAACCUUCAGCCAGAGCUCAACUCUCAUUCAGCAUCAGAGGAUCCAUAACGGGUUGAAACCCCACGAGUGUAACCAGUGCGGCAAAGCCUUCAACCGGAGCUCGAACCUCAUCCACCACCAGAAAGUCCACACUGGAGAGAAGCCCUACGCAUGCAUCGAGUGUGGGAAGGGCUUCAGCCAGAGCUCACACCUCAUUCAGCAUCAGAUCAUCCACACUGGCGAGAGGCCCUAUCAGUGCAGUGAGUGUGGGAAGUCUUUCAGCCAGCGCUCGGUCCUCAUCCAGCACCAGAGGAUUCACACUGGGGUGAAGCCCUAUGACUGCACGGCUUGUGGGAAAGCCUUCAGCCAGCGGUCAAAGUUGGUCAAGCACCAGCUGAUUCACACCAGGGAGUGAAACCACAUGAGGCUCCACCCCGACUCCCCUGGCAACAUCCCAGCCUCUCCCAUCCUGCGACUUGAGCUGGGCUCUCUCAUUCCCUCCACUCCACAGCCACUGUCCACAGAGGCCAUUGUCCACAAACCAGAGACCCUCCUGUGAGACAGGCUCCCUCCCCUGAUUCCCCUGCCAUUGCUCCUGCUUCAUGUGGCCUCAUUUCUUUUUGGUUUGUUUUUCCAGUUUGUUAUCAGACUGCCAUAUUUGUUAGAAGGGAAAAGAUUAUAGAGGCUGCAUACUUAUGAAGAGAGUUUAUUACUGUAAUGGAACAUAACCAAGGAAGUAAACUGACAUUUGGUUUGAGAUAACCACAGUACUUCUUUUGCUUGGUCACUAGUCCUAAGAACUGAGUUCUUUGUCAAUGGCUGUAGUUGGUAUUCUGUUUACAUAAAGUCAGGUCAAGAGUG